AUGGCGACACAGACAGUUACGGAGUUGGCAACGUUCGAGCCUGCGGCUUCACCGCCACGUGCUGCGCCGAGGAAGAGCUAUGAAACUCCGGCGAGCGUUAAUGUGCCGCUGGUCGCCCACGGCCCUGCCGAGCCCACGACGGCGCCGGCGGAGGCCGUGGUUCUCUCGAAAGUAAGAGCUGCCAUGGUCAUCGCGCAAGUCUGUGGCCAGCUGUUCUUCAGCAGCUUCUGCAACGGCAUCAUCGUCGUCGCGCUGCCAUCCAUGCAGGCUACCCUCGGUCUGGCGGAGGGCCUGCUCGUCUGGCCUAGCUCCAGCUACUUCCUCACGGCAGGCUCGUGUCUGCUGCUGGCGGGCUCGGUCGCGGACGUCGUCGGGAACAAGCGCGUGAAUCUGGUCGGUUCCUUCUUCAGCGCCGUGUUUGCCAUGGCCUGCGGGUUGGCGCGGUCCGGGGGCGAGAUCAUUGCCUUCCGUGCGCUACAGGGCGUCACGAACGCCAUCAUCACCCCGUCGUCCAUAUCGAUCAUCUCGAACAAUGUGGAGGAGGGCCGGCCGCGCAACAUGGGGUUCGCAUUCAUGGGGUUCGCCCAGCCUCUCGGGUUCUGUUUUGGUCUAGUGCUGGGCGGAGUCUUUACUGAUACCGUGGGAUGGCGGCCGGCGUUUUACCUCGCUGCGGCUGCGAGUGGAACACUGUUUUUGCUGAGCAUCUGGGCUUUGCCGCAGGAUUCUAGGUCAAAGACAGGUCCAUCCAUCUGGAAGAGACUGGUCCACGAGAUUGACUGCGUCGGUGUCGUAUUGGCCAGCACGGGACUGGCGUCUUUGUCUUAUGUAUUGGCGUCGCUAUCAGCCGACAUUAACAACAUUCAUAAACCAUAUAGCAUUGCCCUCUUGGCCAUAGCAGGCUGCUCGAUCCCAACCUUCGUUGGCUGGAUGCACCGCCAAGCCACAACGCAUCGCACAGCUCUGAUUCCCAACUCGCUAUGGAAAAGCCACGUCUUCACCAGUUGCUGCGUCAUGGUUCUUCUCACCAACGCUUUGACCAACUGCAUGGAGCUGUACAGCAGUCUCUUUUUCCAGCAAGUCCAGGAAGCCUCCGCCAUCAAGGCAUCGUUGCAAGUCGUACCGUCCCUCGUCGCCGGCGCUCUCACCAGCAUCGCUACCGGGAUCUUCGUGCACCGCAUGCCGGUCCUGUGGAUGCUGUUGAUCUCAUCGGCGAUGAGCACCGUUGCGCCACUCCUCAUGGCUCUGGUCCGGACCAACCAAUUGUAUUGGGAGAACGCAUUCUUCGCGCAGAUCCUCACGCCGAUCAGCUGCGAUCUCCUCUUCACCGUCGGCCUUCUCAUCAUCUCGGACGUCUUCCCGCGACACAUGCAGGCUCUGGGUGGCGCCGUGUUCAACACCUGCGCACAACUCGGCGCGGCGAUCGGCAUGAGCGUGACGCAAGUCAUUGCUUCGUCUGUGACCAGGCAGUCUUCAUAUGCGGACAAGUCGUCGCCCGAUGCUCUGAUGACGGGAUACCGGGUUGCGUUUUGGACGAUGUUUGGAUGGAUGAUGGCGGUUUGUCUUGUAUGUGUACUAGGUAUGCGACGAGUUGGGGUUCUGGGCGUCAAGAGGGAUUAA